AACAUUCUUGAAUGGAAUGAAAUGCACACAGCUGUCUUUGACGUUUAAUAAUGUAAGGAUAACAAGAAAAAGUGGAGGGGAAAAAGAACGCUUGAAAUUCACUUGGGAUUAUUGUUCAGUAUUGUUAAAAAGUCUGAUUGCUUUCUAUAUAGCUUUAACUUAUUUUAUCAGACGUUCAUUUUCCAUGCAUAAGUGCAUUGUUCAUUUACUGACAAUCAAUGUCACACGUGCAGUAUGUUUGCACUUUGUGUCAGAUUUCGACCCUGGAUAUACAACAACAAUCACUAGAACAAUUCAUUUUUAAUAAUAUUAAUAAUAAUAAUAAUAAUUCUUAAUCGUCUUUUAUUUAAAUGUUUUAUUGCACAAAGUGUUCGUCCCUUAGUUAUUCAAAAGCCAAUAAUUUUUUUCAUUGUGCUGUGAUUUCCGAAAAAUUUGUGUAAAAAUUGCUGAAUUAUGGCAUAUUCAAUAAAUAAACAACCCUUAUUAAAAGGAAUUAGCGAUAGUGAAUUUGAAGAUGAUAUAGAGACUGAAAUUGAAGAUCCAAAUAUUUCUACACAAGAUGAAGAACCAUUUAUUAAGCCACAUGAACCAGCAGAUACAUUUCAAUUUACGUACGUAGUAUUUUAUUUACUCGGAAUGACAACUUUAAUUCCAUGGUGCUUUUUUAUGACAGCUGAUGAGUAUUGGAUGUAUAAAUUUAGAGAGAUUCGAAAUGAUAGCCAUCAUAAUUAUUCAAUCGAGGACCAAUUAGAAAAGAAAAGUGAAUUACAAGCGAGUUUUAUCUCUUAUCUUUCUGUAACAAGUUCUAUUCCCAAUACACUUUUUCUAAUAAUAAAUGCAUUCAUUAGUAACAAAAUAUCCCUAGAGUUACGAAUGAUAGGUACUCAAGGUCUUGUUUUAUUAAUUUUUCUUGUCACCACUGGAUUCGUUAAAGCAGACACCGAUCAAUGGCAAAGUACAUUUUUAAUUAUAACUCUCUCGUCGGUGGCAUUAAUGAAUAUGGCAAGUGCAAUAUUUGGAGGAAGUCUUUUGGGAAUAGUUGGACGAUUUCCAGCUAGAUAUAUAACAGCAAUGUCUGGUGGUCAAGCUCUAGCUGGAAUAUUUGCUGCACUUACAGAAAUUUGUUCUUUAUGGUUGGGUGCAAGUCCUGUAGUAUCAGCUCUAUUAUAUUUUGUUAUUGGAGAUGCAAUGCUCUUUUUCUCCUUAGUUUCUUACAUCUUCUUGCAAAAAGCAGAUUUUUUCAAACAUCAUACACUAACGAAAACAAGACAUUUGGCUGUUGAGGAUGAAUUUACAGUGAAUGGUGAUAUUUCAUUUUCACAUGGACACAGAAUCUCUUAUCUUCGAAUUCUUCGGAGAAUUUGGAAAUAUGGUGUUAGUAUAUUUUUAUUGUUUUUAAUAACAAUGAGCGUGUGUCCUGCAGUGACAGUGUUGGUAGAAAGUCAAAAUCGGGGCCAUGGACACGCUUGGAAUGAUACUUAUUUUGUACCCGUUGUUACUUAUUUAUUGUUCAGUUGUGGCGAUUAUGCAGGUAGAUUAUUAUCUGGAAUUAUUUUACGGCCUAAAGGAAAACCUUGUCUCGUCAUAUUUUUGUGUGUCUUAAGAGCAGCUUUUAUACCAGCAUUUUUAUACUGUAACGUACAACCACGACAUAAUUUGCCCGUUUACAUUGAAAAUGAUCUCAUUUAUAUUUUAAUGACAAUUAUUUUUGCUACCAGCAAUGGUUACUUAUGUAAUACUAUUUUCAUCUUGGUUCCCACGGCAGUUGAACCUCAAGAGAAAGAAAUUGCUUCUGCAAUGAUUGGAGGUUUCUUAGGUUUAGGAAUAACAAUUGGCUCGGCUAUGAGUCUUGCUUUAGUAAAAGUAAUUUAAAAAAAAAAUUUACCCUUAUUAAAAUUAGCAUUCACUACCAUUUGCAUUUGCUAUUUCAAAAAAAAAACAAAAACAAAAAAACAAGUCCCAGUUGCCUUAAUGUAAUAUCUUUAUAAUUGAUAUUUUUUUAUAAAGCCUUUUUCUAAUUGAUUUUAUACAAUAGAAAUUUAUGUAUAACAUAUUCUUAGUGAAGAUAUUUAUUCGACAGGUAUAUUAUUAUUAUUAUUAUUAUAACAAUGGACAAAAAUGAAGUAUUUGAAAAUAAUUUUUUAAUCAACUAUUAUGAAAAUUAUUUUUUAAUUUUCAGUUUUAUUUUUCUGUGAUUGGAAAUUUUUUUUUUUUUUUUGAAACACUCAAAAAGAGAAUUUUUUUUUUUAAAAUGGAAAGAGAAAUUAGGAAUUUAAUUAUUAUGAUCUAAUUUUUAAAAAUUUAAGAUUCAAUUAUUUCGUUAAGUUGAUUAAGAAGCCUGCGCACAUUCCGCAUAAUGUUAAUUCACUUUUAAAGAGAAAAUUUUUCAAUUUAAAAAUGAGAAAAACCGGAAAACAAUGUAAUAUGGAGUCUUCAAAAAAUUAAAAAUAAUGUUAAAUUAUGAGAGACUAUUUUUAAGUUAGAAUAUACAAUAUAAAUAAAUGAACGUUAUUAUAGUUUUAAUACUGAAAAAAAUGUUAUUUUUAAACGUUUUUUGUAUAAUUUUUAAUUCUUCUCAAUUUUUCUUUUAUCAUAUACCUACGUCUGAAAUAAUAUAGAAUUUUAAUUUAUUAGAAAACAGAUAAUAUUCGUCAAAUCUAGUCAUUGUGAUAUAAAAAACUUUAUGAAAUUAUAAAUAAAUUAAAUAUUAUAAGAAAUUAAUGUAAAUUAGAAAGAAAGAAAG